CAGAUGUCUGACGACCUUUUCUCCAUCAAAAACGAGUUUUACCUCGGAAAUUAUCAAGGCGCGAUCAACGAAGCUCAAUCACCCGAUCUUGUUCUUUCUUCGCCAGCUGAUGAGCGAGAAAGAGAUAUCAUCGUUUACAGGUCAUACAUCGCGUUGGGUCAGCAUGAGGUUGUUGAGUCGGAAAUCGGGGACGAUGCUCCUACAGCUCUGCAAGCAGUGAAGCUGUUGUCGACGUACCUCUCGAAGCCGGACGCGAAGGACAUCGUGCUGAUGACUCUGCUGGAGUGGCUGUCGGACUCGCAGACUCUCAACAACCCGACACUUCAGUUGGUUGCUGGCAUAAUAUACCUCGAUCUUGGGGAGCUGGAACAAGCAGCCAAGGUCUUGCACUCGGCAACCACGCUUGAGAUUGUCUCGAUGCAAGUUCAAGUGUACCUGCGCAUGUCUCGUGUGGAUAUCGCAGAGAAGUCGCUCAGUCUCAUGUCGCGCAUGGAGGACGACGCGACUCUGACUCAGCUCACAACGGCAUGGGUUUACACUGCGCUUGGAGGAGAGAAGGUACAAGAGGCUUUCUACAUCUUUCAGGAGCUUGCCGACAAGUACAACGAGACUCCUCUGCUCCUCAACGGCAUGGCCGUCACUCAGAUGCAUCUGGGCAAGUUUGAGGACGCGGAUAAAUACCUCCUUAAGGCUCUCUCCAAGAGUGCCACCGACGUGCAAACGCUUCAGAACCUCGUCGUGUGCUCCCAGCAUACUCGCAAGGCCCCGGAGGUCGUCUCAAGGUAUAUCAACACGCUCUCCAAGGCUGCUCCUGGAUGUGCGCUCCUCAAGCGACGAGCAGAAGCAGACGCCAUGUUUGACAAGAUCGCCCCCACCUUCAAGGCCUCGGCAGCUUGAGGUCGUCGUGAGAUUACAGUUGCUCCUUGUACCCG